CUGAAACCAAAUAUAGCGCUGCUAAUUCAAGAGGAUGGCUAAUAGUUUGUUAAGAUUUGUCGCUCAUAACAUUUUGAAUUCAUUUGGACAUAGUACGACGUCUCUGUUCUAGGUAAAUCAUUCUUCUGGUUGGAAUUUUCUGUUAUGAACCCAUUAUCGCAGCAACAUAGUGUAGCUAGUAUCGGGAGCUUGUUGGGCAAUUUGCCUUUACAAGGGGAUUCAAGUUUACAACAAAAAACGCCACUUAUCCCUGGGGGUUCAGUCAAUCUUAACUUACAUGCGUCUGACAAUGCCGCCAGCAUUCCAGGUAGAACACCUUGUACUCCGCUCACUUUAUCUACUCCGUUGCAAGACCGAGAUGGUGCAAUCCCAGUACCUCAAUUACAGAAUAUUGUAUGUACAGUAUAUUUAGGAUGUAAAUUAAAUCUGAAGAAUAUAGCACUUAGUGCUCGAAAUGCUGAAUACAAUCCAAAACGUUUUGCUGCAGUUAUAAUGCGCAUACGUGAACCUCGGACAACUGCUUUAAUUUUUUCUUCUGGUAAAAUGGUGUGUACAGGUGCAAAAAGUGAAGAGCAAGCAAGACUAGCUGCAAGAAAAUAUGCUCGUAUUAUUCAAAGGCUUGGGUUUGAAGCUCAUUUCAAAGAGUUCAAAAUUCAAAAUAUGGUUGGUUCGUGUGAUGUCCGCUUUCAUAUACGUCUUGAAGGUUUAGUAUUGUCACAAGGUCAAUUUGCAACCUAUGAGCCAGAAUUAUUCCCUGGGUUAAUUUAUCGUAUGACUAAACCAAAGAUAGUCCUACUAGUCUUUGUUUCUGGGAAGAUUGUUCUAACAGGUGAGAGGAAAUGAAUUUAUUUCAGUAUUAUAUAAAAUAACUCACUGGUAUUACGUGUCAUUAUUAUUACUACUAGCAUUCAUGAAUUUAUUAAUCCAAAUGAAUUCGGCAAGUAUGAUUUGAAGAUAUGUUAAUCUCCAGCUGAAAUCAUUAGUAGAUAAGAAGAACCACAUAUAGCUUUAACGUUACCAUAUAAGUAGAAGAAUUAGUAUGCUAACUGCACUAAAUUUUAAAUCAUACAAAUCCUUAGUAUUGCCAUAGACAUCGUUGUUUGAUACUAUUUUAAAAAAAGAUUGGUAACGUAUCAUCAAUCUGUUUAAUAAAACACUAAUUCAAAUUUCUCAUAUUUUACGUAAGCGAUUAUUUUUAAUCGGAUUUCGAGUUUGUGUGGUAUGGUAGACUAAGGAGCCAGUUGUUGUUUCAGAUCGGCGUGGUCAUCCACUAUCCUACAUGAAAUCUAUACCAUAAAAUGAGGACUUGCGCUGGGGAGGAUAAAGUCAAACCAUCGUGUCAGAACCCAGUCAUCCGCUUUUUCAACUUCAACAAUUUACUUCAAACAAAUUUAUUCCAGUGCAACCCAUCAUUAUUUACUCUGAUCGGAGCUAAACACUCACUUAACUUAUAGCCAGGGGAAGCCAAACAAAAAUGUGGCAUCAAUGCAUAAAGUCAGUGACUUCCAAUCUGUGUUUUCGUAGAUGCAGAUAUCUGAUUGGGGUGGGUAUACUUACUGUGACCAAUGAAUAAAAUCUCAGGAGAUAUAGCACAGAUUAUCCUUUUUCACUCUCAGAUUGUGAAUGUCAAAAUUAUCUUGUGACUUAUUCCGCGAAUCACCUUCAGCACUAAUUCUUUGUACUACCGCCGGUGCUAAUUUGGUAUUCAUCUUUCGAAGUUUAUGUGAUGUAGGGACUUGGGCCAAAAAUGCCCCAGGUUUCACAAGCUUAGGACUGAUUGACAACCCACAAUAAUACUUCAGAUGAAUGUGAUAACAAGCGUCAAUAUCUUAUCAAAACCCAUAGUGUUCGUGCCUAAACUUAGCCAUUUGGUGCUUCAUAAUUUCCAGUCAUCAUAGUUUCAGGAUUGUUCUGUUAUAAAUAUAGUAAUUAAGACAGACAAAGUUAUAGAAACGGAUGAUAGUUUUUAUCAGCCUAGUGAUCAUCAACUCAACACAAUCACUGAGUAAUUGUAGUUGUAUUUCGUGACUACUCACCAACCACGUUGUCAACAUUAGUUCACUUAAUUUAGUUUUAUCCUAUUUGAUUCAGGAUAGGAAAAAGCCAAAUAAAGAGGAAUGUUUGACCUUAGUUUGAAUAGCGCUGAAUGACCAAGUUUUACUAAUAACUCAUUGCUAGCUACAGAUUUGUGUACUUGGUUUUGACCCACUUCAAGUUAAAGGCCUAAUGAUAAUACUCGACUAUCCAGACCUAAUUAAUUAGGGGUGUGGUCAAAACUGUGGUUGGAAGUCGAACACCGUAAUCACUGAACCACCGCACCACUGAUCAUGUGCAUAUUCACAUACAAGUUCUUAUUUCUUAAGCUGAGAUGGGUAAAAUGGAUUUUGAAACCUGCAAUUCAGUGGAUACAGGCUAAAUACUUUCAUCACUAGGCCCCAUAUCUCUUAGUUGUACGUUUAUCAUAUACACGGUAACCCAGGGAAAAUCAGGGGGCGAGAAUGAAGUUAUUUUUUAACCACCCCUUGCAUCCUACAGCUAUCAGUGGCAUAGCGACAUCGGAAAUCACGCUUAGAAUAUUAAUGAUGAGAUUCACAACUUUAUUAGCCAAUCCCAUGACUCUUACAAAACUGAAUCAGCGGAUAAUUGUCUAUAAAACUACUAACAUUAUAUUUAUUUUAUUUUUUUGUUUAUUAUCCUAUGUAGGAGCAAAGGUUCGUGAAGAAAU